AUGGACCGUAUGUUAGAUGACAUCCGGGCAGGCACAUUCGGAGAUGCACCUGAAGACAACACUACAUCGCCAACUCAGCCAUCAAUACCACAUCCCUCCCCAAACUCAACUUUUGACCAACUAUUAGAGGAUGCUCGGUGUCCUCUUUUCGACGGCUGCACUAAAUUCUCAAAGCUCUCAUUCGUUGUGAAGUUGUUACAUAUUAAAACGCUUGGUGGGUGGUCAAUCAAGUCUUUUGAUAUGCUCAUAAGCCUUCUGCGGUCUGCCUUUCCUGAUGCUAAAUUGCCUAGUUCAUAUGAGGAGGCAAGGUCAUUGGAGCGAGGGUUGGAUUUCAAGUACCACAUAAUACACGCAUGCCCAAACGACUGCAUUUUAUUCUGGAAGGAAUAUGCUGAUCUUAUUGAGUGCCCUAUAUGUAAGGCUUCGCGUUGGAUGCCAAAUACACAUGGGUCACGAGUGAUCCCACAAAAAGUGCUUCAGCAUUUUCCUUUGAAGCCAAGAUUGCAGCGUCUCUUUGUGACAGACAAGAUAGCAUGUGAUAUGAGAUGGCAUAAAGAGCAGCGGGUACCCGAUGAGACUAGUAUGAGACAUCCUGCUGACUCUCAGUCCUGGAAGACAUUUGAUCAAGCCCAUUGUUGGUUUGCUAGGGAUGCUCGCAGUGUUAGGCUCGGUCUAGCAAGCGACAGCUUCAAUCCCUUCAACAACCUAGCAAAACCGUAUAGCAUUUGGCCAGUGAUUCUUGUCCCGUAUAACUUGCCGACGUGGUUAUGCAUGAAAGACCAGUUCUUCAUGACAUCACUCAUUAUCCCUGGCCCAAAAUCACCAGGGAAUGACAUUGAUGUGUAUUUGCAGCCGUUAAUUGAUGAGUUGCUUGAACUCUGGGAACAUGGGGUACCUACAUAUGAUGCUUCCACAAAGGAAAUGUUCAUGUUGCAUGCUGCCUUAUUGUGGACAAUUAAUGAUUUCCCUGCAUAUGGAAAUCUUUCUGGGUGGUCAACAAAAGGGAAAUUGGCAUGUCCCUCUUGCAAUGCAAGCACAGAUUCUAUUUGGUUGAAGUAUGGUAGAAAACAGUGUUAUAUGGGACAUCGACAUCUCUUACCGGCAGGUCACAUUUGGAGGACGAGGAAAGGGUUGUUCAACGGUAAAGAAGAUUAUCGCAUGCCACCAAAUUGGGUUGAAGGAGCGGGUCUCUUAACUCAACUACAAAUGCUUGGAGAUGUCCAAUUUGGAAAAUCUUGUAGGAAGAGAAAACGCCCUGCAGAACAGUUGAACUGGACAAAGAAAAGCAUAUUCUUCAAACUACCUUAUUGGUCAAUGUUGCGGCUUCGACAUAAUCUAGAUGUUAUGCAUAUUGAGAAGAACAUUUUCGAUAGCUUAUUGGGCACUUGA